CUCAUCUGACUGCUGCUACUUCGUGAACCCAGAAAAGAUGUGCUUCACUUAAUACAGAUAGCAGAUGCUAAAAAUAAGCUGAAAUAUUUGAUAUGGCACCCAAGACCCAAAGUGUUUUCAUCUGUUUACAGAAGACCAUGAGAGUGUCAGGGCCAUUUGUCAGAAUGGAGUUGAAUCAUCUUCUCAAAUUCCAAGGUGAAUUAAGGAAGCUUUUAUUCAUUUUGUCCAUUGCUUGGUCCACAGGGGUCCCUGCCUACCGCUGCUUUGUAGACAAAAAAGUUCGUUCUGGCUGCAACUCUUCCAUGUGCAAAAUAAAACCAGAUUGGCAGGAUGAUAUGACUUUCUACUUUAACUACAAUUCUGGACUCCAUCUUUCUUGGUCACUGCUUUCUGACAUACCUGAUCCGUUUGCAUAUACAGUAUAUUUAAACUGGACUUUUUCCAACUGUUGUGAGAAGUUAGAAAAGGUUUCAUCUCCUUUCAAUAGACCCCGGUUAUAUGUGCAUAAAGAUUAUUAUGUGACUAUAUGGGUAACAGCUAAUUAUUCCCAUGGAAGCUGUGUGACAACAAAGAACAUUACAAUCAGGCCUACAGAAAUAGAAAAAUGUCCUUCACCCUUCAAUAUAAACACACAACAAUUAUUCAAUAAGCUAAUAAUAACAUGGGAGUCGCCAGAAGAUAUACUGCAGUAUGAAUUGCAAUACAAGGAAGCAACGCAAAGAACCUCAUCCUGGAUACCAGUCUCCAUGGAGAUGAACGUUUUUAAUGUUACUAUCCCUGAUGUAAAGCCAGCAGCAUCCUACGUGGUUCGCCUCAGAUGUAUACCCAAGAAUAAUCAUUGUUCUGUUUGUCUUUGGACAAAAGAAAUUAGUAUCCCAUAUAAGCUUACCCAAAAGCCCACAAUUUUGGAAAAUAUAACUAAGGAGAUCUCGCCAGGAAAAAGAAGUCUCUCUCUUACAUGGAAGACUUGUGAAAGCGAGCAUACCAUUGGAUAUCUCAUACAUAUUAAGAGAAUUCUUGACUCCUUCCAUGGAAUACCAUAUCUCAACAUAACGAAACCUUGGCUGCAUCUGAAUCUCUCAAUGGCAACUUACAAUAUUAAAAUCACUGCCUAUAAUGAACAUGGAAACUCACCUUCAGUGAACUAUAGGAUUCCAGAUUUCAUGUCAACAUAUUCAGAUUUACCUGGCAAUCUCAUUAUUUCAAAUCAGCAAAAUUAUACCAAUAUAACCUGGAAUCUAAAAUAUAACCCUCCUUGCCUUGCUAUUGAUUGGGGCACUGGAAUAGAAGACAUGAAAUCUAAAAGUUUCUGUCAAAAUGAAACAAGCGUAAUACUUGAUCACCUCCAACCUUAUCAGUUAUAUAAAGUAAUGCUGCAUGCACUGGACCGUCAAAGCAAAGACUUAAUGAAAGAUGAACGGACACUGGUAGUGGCCAACUUCUAUGCAGUGGAAGGAGUUCCCAGGAUAGGUCCAGCUAAUUUAAUAAUUCCAGUUGUGACCAAACAUUCAGCUGUUGUGAAAUGGACUGAGAUACCUGCGAAAGAUUGCUUGGGUUUCCUUUUGGGAUACAGAAUUCACUACACAGAAGUCGCAAACAGCAUCUCUUGGGCCCUUACUCUCAAUUCUUCAAUAAAACAGCACCACUUGGUUGAUCUUAAGGCAAAUACCCAUUAUACAGUCCAUGUCUCUGGCAUCACUAGCAAGGGAGAAGGAGCUCAAAGCUUGCCGCAGGAUUUUACUACGCUGAAAUAUGAUCAAGGAGAAUUUGGAGGAAUGGUUGUUGGCCUCUGUCUUGGCCUCAUAAUAAUUCCAGCUAUUGCUAUCACAAUUUGUUCCUCAGUACUGAAACGAUCAAGAAAAUCAUGCUGGCCACCUGUCCCAAAUCCAAGAGAUAGCAGUGCUAUGCAAGUUGCAGAAAGAACCUUUCCAGUGGCUCUCCUGAGACCCAGCUUCCAACCAUUGCUUCCUUCAGCACCAGUGAACAAAGCCGAUAAGCUUUAUGUGAUAAAGAAUGAUUUGGAGGUAUUUCCUCCAACAAGUCCAGCAACCGGGAGAGUUUCCACAGAGUAUUCUGAAGCAGUGGCAAGGGGAAAGGAAAAGACACUUCCCAAGCCUCAUAACAGAGUAAAUGCCAGUGAGAAGGUGAAGGCAGGCCUUCACCUUGAUUAUGUUGGUAUGGAAUUCAGUCACAAAGCCAUGCAGCAGCUUUCAGAGAAUCUGCCUACGAAAACGGUCCAUCUCUAACAGUUGUCCAAAAACUCAGGAAGUAAAGAAGAAUCACCAGUAUGUUGCUGUUCUUGAGAUCCUAUGAGGUAAAGCCGAUGACGCUUCAGGUAGUAAACCGAUCAAAAGCCUUUACCACUAGAUGAAGGAUAUGUAAUUAGAAUUCAUAUUGGCAUAAAUUGGAAUUGUUUGAUAUAUUCUAAUCAAUCUUAUUGAAAUUAUUUCAUUAUAUUUCAUAUAUCAUUUGGAUAUAUGGUCUAAUUAUAAUUACAAAUACAGAUGAGUUUAAGCUCCGCCAUACAAUUAUAUUAAUUUUUACCAUGGGAAUUUAAUUAUUUUUAAGCCUAAUGAUUUUUACUUGAAGCAAUUCAGCACUCUAUUUUUAGAGGUAUGUUGUGAGCGAUUGAAGCCCCCCUACCUUUAAAUGCCUUUAAAUGGUCUAAAGGCAUUGGCACCAUCUUGGUCCAUUCUUUGCAUACUUUUUUCUAAUGUACAUAAUGCCCAAUGUUUUUCACAAUUCAGUUCUAUUUGUAGCAAUGUAGCCAAAUACAUAUUUUCAGAUUGUGCUAUUCAAGUUGUCAAAACUUGAACAAUUUCUUCAAUUAACAUAACAGUAGCCUGAAAUAAAGGUUACAUUGCUUUUGAUCCCUAUAUUACCUUAUAUGAAGGUAAACAAAUGCUAACAGAAAUUAUUAUAUCAAAUCUCUAUAUUAAUAUUUUUGCAAUGAACCAAACUCUUUUUAGCUAAACUUACCAAUUGAUUGUUCCUGAAGCUCUCUGGAUAUGAAUAGAGUCACUUAGAAGUUAAUAUUUACCAAUCAAAAGAAUUCAUACUAUUUGGAAGUGGCUCAAUAGCAGAAUGUGUGGUAAGGCAGUGGCAAUUAAAACAAGCACAGUAUCUUUCAUGCUUUCCAGUUUAACUCCCCUUCCCCUCCAUUGUGUUAUGACUUUAUCUUUGAUGGCAGUAGUUUUCUUCUAAAUUAUUUACAUUGCUAGAAUUCUUGGAAGUGCAAGGUAAACCCCCAGCUUAAUUGUUCUAACAUGUUUCAAAGUCCUGUAAAGAUCUAAAACUACCUUCUAUUCCCAGUGCCUUGUCAGCAAUAUUUAGCAAAGUUAGCUUCUUUGGCACCUGUGCAGAUAGCAGCUCUUUCCACAUUUACGGAAAAUGCUAUGGCAGACAACAGGGUCAUCAUACUCACCCAUUGUACAAUCCUUGCUAUCUCCAAAUCUGUCAUUUCUGUAUCUGACAUUAAAGACAGAUUAUUCUACAAGCUCGAUCUACACAUUUGUGGUUAUAAUGCACGAGGCAGAAAGAUAGGCUGUGUCCUUGCUAACAAUUUUGUGGAAAUUUUUUUUAAAUAAAUUCAACUUGAAAAUUUGUUUUAAACUGACAGCAUUAUACUGUAUUAUACAAGACUUUUUUGUCAUAUUGAAAUAAAUUUGUAUGCUUUGGGGUUUAACAAUUGUUUCCAGAGCUCUGUAAAGCAGUCUAUGCAGUCUUCCUCUUCCUACCUCUUCCUGUAUCCACCCACCUCACCUUCCACAAUUGCAAUUUUAGUGUUCAAACUCUACGUAUUUUGCAUAAGGAAAUGUUUAUGUAUUCCUGUGGAACUACACAGAAACAAAACAAACAAGCGUCUCAAUGAUCUGAUGCAAUUUUAACAGGGAUUUUAUUGUACUCAAACGACCUUAACCUAUUCAGCUACUACAUUAACUAGUCUUAAAUUGAUCCUAAUCAAACACUCACUAGGCCCAUUGUAACCAUCUCAGCCUCUGCUUGUAAAUUAAAGUGAUACCACAUUUGGCAAUAUAUGAAAAAAACUUGGAACAUUACCAUACUUUAUACUGAAAAGUUAUAAACUUUUAAUACAUAUCUCUUCUGGGCUCCAUCUUUUUUACUUUGCUAUAUAUACCAACACAAACCAAAGUAUCCAUAUAACAAAAUGCAGCUAUUGUAGUAAAUGAUAAUAAACUUUCAGGCAUUAUUUUAAAAAGCAAAUCAAAACUACUUCUCUCUAAAAUACUAAAAUUUAUUAGUGAUGGUACCAAAGAUAGCAGGUAUACAAUCUUUGCUCUAUGCUACUUACAAAUCAUAAAUAUGACAGCUGCUGUUGCAAGACACAAUCUUUCACAGUCCUUCAAGAAGCAUGAGGUUUGUCUUUGCUUUAUCAGAAUAAGCUGUUUGCAAGCCAACUUUAUGUGGCAUAAACAUCACAAAAUUACUGUCCAUACUUUACAUGGUAAAGCAUUCACUAAAGGUUUUUUGAAGAAAAAAAAACUUUAGACUGUAACAAAAAACAAACAAAAACACCUUACCCAACAAUGAGCUACUAAAGCAGUGUCACAAUCUAAGAGCCCUCUUAUCUUAUAGCUUUCAUUUUAUCAUACUCACCUAUCUGUCCAUAAACAGAAAUAUUGAAAACACAAACUGAAAGCUAUAUGACUAUUUGGCUUUUCAUACUUUUUUUUCAGUGCUAUAAGGCCAUAUGAUUGUAUUACAUUAUAUUCAAAUAGUUCUUGAUUUUACAGUAUAACCCUUUGCUUUAAAUUUUAAAAGGCUGCAAUGAGACUAGAACUAGUUGCUUUUUUUCUUUCAGAACUUUAUCAAACAGAACAGAAAUCUUAAUUAUUUCUUUACUUCUGAUAGAAAGUAUAGAAAUAACCUCUUACAUUUAGCCCUUAAGAUACGUGCUUUUAAAGGGAGCUUUCUAAGUUCCAGUCCUGAUGAGAAGUAAAUUACUUCUUUUUAGCACUAUUCAAUUCCAUGUUUCAGUAUAUGAUCUGAAAAAUGUAUGGAUUAAUUGGAUAAAAUGCUCACUUUUUUAUGGUCCCUAAACAGCAAUUAAUCCAUAUAUUACAUAGGGUUGUUGGUUUUUUUACUUGAAAUCAAGAGAUCUUCAAAUUAUUUCAAAUAACUAAUAGUUGAUAUGACUGACAUCUUUCAAAUGCUUGCCUACUGGUGUGAUAAUCAUCAAAAAGAGCAACUCAAACAGAGAUUUUUUU